AUGGCUUCAUCAGGCUUCUCACCAGCUGCACUACCAGUUUUUAAUGGAGAGGGCUAUCAUAUAUGGGUGGUCAAAAUGAAGACCUACCUGCAGGCAUUCGACCUAUGGGAGGUGUUCAACUCAGAUGUUGAACCAGCACCACUUAGAACCAAUCCAACAGUGGCUCAGAUCAGGCAGCAUGCUGAUGAAAGGACCAAGAGGCAUAAGGCCAUGUCUUGUAUCCAAAAUUAUGUGUCAGAUGUGAUCUUUACAAGGAUCAUGGCCUGUGAGACACCAAAGCAGGCCUGGGACAGAUUGAAGGAGAAGUUCCAAGGGACUGAAAGAAUAAGGCAACAACAGCUAUUGAAUUUGAGAAGGGAUGUAAGGGGUGUUACAAGGGAUUUCGAGAAUUUGAAGAUGAAGGAAGAAGAAACUGUCAAGAAGUAUUUAGACAGAAUUAUGGCUGUGAUUAACAUCAUAGGGCUCCUUGGAGAGCAGUUCAGUGAAGCAAUAAUAGUGGAGAAGAGCAAAGAAGAGCUAGCAGACUGGAGGAGCACCAAUAAGUUUCCUUUCAAGCCAAAACCAAGCUUGCCUCGAGCACUUCUGCUUACAAAGGCAAGAAGAUAUGGAGAGACAAGCCUAAGUCAGAUACUGCAAGAAGAAGGGACCAACCCUGCAGGCAUUGCAAAAGGCUUGGUCAUCCAGAGGCCAAUUUCAAAGGCUGAAGCUCGAGUAGCAGAAGAAGGCAGUGACCAUGAGGAGCAAGUUUUUGCAUUUUCAUGCUCAACUGCUACGGAGAAAGCCACAAAGGGAUGGCUUAUAAAUAGUGGUUACACUAAACAUAUGACGAUAGAUGCUGCCAUCUUCAAGACAAUUGAUAGAAGCUUCAAAACUAAAGUAAAGAUAAGAAAUGGUCACUUCAUCAAGGCAGAAGGCAAGGGAGAUGUGCUAAUAAGCACUCCCACAGGUAACAAGCUAGUUUCAAAUGUUUUAUUGGUGCCUAAAUUUGACAAAAACCUGUUCAGCAUAGCUCAGUUGCUUGAGAAGGGUUAUAUUGUGGUGUUCAAGGGCAAGGAAUGCCAAAUCAGUUAUCAAGUGGAUCUAAGCUCAUGA